AUGCGCACUUCAAACCUCUUCCCCCAUCUCCUAACAACAACCCUCCUCACCUCCACCGCCUCCGCCGACUUCUUCGUCUCCAACACAUCCGUCUGCAUGGGCGCGCGCCCCUUCUUCUCACAAUGCACACGAGGCGUCAAAGUCCUCUCCAACAUCUCCAACAACACCGCAGACCCCUCGCCAUUUUCCUGCUCGCACCUCAUCCACGCCGAAGACAACAACUACAUCCACAACGGCACCAUGGCGCCCGUACGCGGCGAUCCGUACCCAAGUUCCGUGGGAGGCGUGUGUGGUUCGGGACAGUUGAAUUUCGUGAGAGAUUGGGAGAGUGGGGAGUAUGUGGUGAAUGAUUUGCAGGGGAAUGUGGUGGGGAAUUGUGUGGCGGAGAAGAAUGUUACGGAUCCGGAGAUGCAUGUGAGGUGUAGUCAGUGGGUGGGCAUGUUGUAUUUUGCGACGGCGUUUAGGUGUAAGAGUUGGAUUUGUGGAUGA